AUGGAGAAGACAUGCUUCCGCUGUGCUGUUGCAAUGUUGCUGCUUAGCGUUUCGAUGGUUUGCCUGGCUGAGACAGUAACGAACUUAACUGUGGAUCAAUCUGCACUUCUGGCAUUCAAAACCCAUAUCACUUUCAACUCUGAAGGUGCAUUUGCGGAUAGUUGGUCCACUAAUUCCUCUGUCUGCAACUGGGUAGGGGUCUUUUGCGCUACCGGAAGAGUCACGGCUUUGAAUCUCUCUGACAUGGGUCUCAGUGGCACCAUAGCUCCACAUCUUGGAAACUUAUCGUUUCUUACUACACUGGACCUUAGUUCCAACAGUUUCCAUGGCUACAUACCGAACGAGUUGGCUCAUUUGAAUCAGUUGAAAGAAAUCCGUUUGGAAUUCAACAACUUUAGUGGAGAGGUACCAUCAUGGAUUGGGAUUUUACCCGAACUUCAGCACCUGGUGCUGUAUAAUAAUAGCUUCGAAGGUUCAUUACCUGAGGAGAUUGGUACCCUUAAUCUGACACGAUUAAACAUGGCAGAGAACAGCUUCACUGGUUUCAUUCCAUUGAGAAUCUUCAAUAUGUCAGCCCUGAGAAUGCUCGGCCUGAGUUUCAAUCAAUUCUCAGGGCGUCUCCCAUCGACUAUGGGGCUUUGGCUUCCCAAUCUUGAGAGGCUUUAUCUAGACAACAAUAAACUCAGUGGAAUAAUCCCAAGCUCCAUCUCAAAUUCUUCCAAGCUUACCAUCCUAAGCCUGAUCGUAAACUCAUUCUCUGGCACUGUACCCAAUUCACUUGGUAAUUUAAGACUCCUGGAGGAGCUUUUCAUUGGAGGGAAUAAUUUGACGAGGGAAUUUUCUACUCCAGAAUUGAGUUUUUUCUCUUAUUUAGCCAAUUGCAGAAAUCUGAGGCUCUUGGAAAUAUCAUUAAAUCAACUGAAUGGCAUCCUCCCGAAAUCUAUAGGAAAUCUGUCUACUUCUCUUGAAUAUUUGGGAGCAUUUGGAUGCAAAAUUAAGGGCGACAUCCCCAGUGAAAUUGGAAACUUGAUCAGCUUGCAUACCUUAAGCUUAGAUGACAAUGAUUUGACAGGAUCUAUCCCGACAGCACUCAGAAGAUUGGACCAUCUCCAACGUUUAUAUCUUGAAAACAAUCGACUACAAGGAUACAUCCCCACAGAUCUUUGUCAGUUAAAGAACUUGGGAGACCUGUAUCUAAAUGACAAUAUGCUCCAUGGACCCAUACCAAAUUGCUUGGGUGAUCUAAAAUCUCUGCGUGGUGUCUACUUACAUUCCAACAGAUUGAAUUCCACUAUACCCUUGAAUUUGUGGAGCCUUACAGAUCUCUUGGGUCUAAAUCUAUCUUUAAAUUCUAUAAGUGGUUAUCUACCGUCAGAUAUUGCAAAUUUGAGGGCGAUAACACAGAUAGACUUGUCAUGGAAUCAGUUGUCAGGAGACAUCCCAAGCACCAUAGGAGGUGCCCAGACACUGAUUUCUAUCUCCUUGGCGCAUAAUAAUAUUCAAGGACCUAUUCCUCGAUCUUUGGGCUCCUUAACGAGCUUGCAAACUUUAGAUCUCUCCAAUAACAAUUUAUCUGGAGCGAUUCCCACGUCCUUGGAGGAACUCAGGUAUCUCCAACACCUAAACUUGUCUUUCAAUAGACUGCAAGGAGAAAUUCCCGCGGGAGGAAGUUUUGUAAACUUCACAGCUCAAUCUUUUAUGCAAAAUGAUGAGUUAUGUGGUGCACCUCGAUUGCAAGUCCUACCAUGUAAAACCAGAACUCUGCAGCGAUCAAGGGCCAAAAUUGUGUCUCUACUGCGAUAUAUUUUACCACCCAUGAUCACAUUGGGUAUCCUUGUACCUGCCAUUAUAUAUGUGUUGCUAAGAUGGCGAAAACAAAACAUGAAUAGACAAGACCAUGCAGAUUCAUUACCUUUUGCGUGGAAAAGGAUUUCAUACUACGAACUUCUACAGGCAACGCAUGCAUUUAGUGACGACAACCUUCUCGGUACAGGGGGUUUUGGCUCGGUAUAUAAAGGAAUGAUUUCAGGUGAAGUUAGUAUUGCAGUAAAAGUCUUCAAUUUGCAGAUAGAAGGAGCAUUCAAGAGUUUUGACGUGGAAUGUGAAGUAAUGCGGAACAUUCGACAUAGGAAUCUUGUUGGAAUAAUCAGUAGUUGUUCUAACAUGGAUUUCAAAGCCUUGGUACUAGACUACAUGCCUAACGGGAGCCUUGAGAAAUGGCUAUACUCUCAUAACUAUUGUUUGGAUAUCCUACAGCGGCUAAACAUAAUGAUUGAUGUUGCAUCAGCCUUGGAAUAUCUACAUCAUGGUCAUACAACACCUGUAGUUCACUGUGAUUUGAAGCCCAGCAAUGUCCUACUGGAUGAAGAUAUGAUUGCACACGUUGGAGAUUUUGGUAUUUCCAAACUCUUCGGUGAAGGAGAGUUCACAGCACAGACAACGACCUUGGCAACAGUCGGGUACAUGGCACCAGAGUAUGGAAUGGAAGGAAUUAUAUCUACAAAGGGCGACGUCUACAGUUAUGGAAUUCUGUUGAUGGAAACAUUCAUAAGGAAGAAGCCAACAGAUGAAAUGUUUGCUGGAGAAUUAAGCUUGAAGAAAUGGGUGAACAAAGCAUUAGCUGGUUCGGUAAUGGAAGUUGUGGACACUAAUCUGAUUGGAAGAGAGGAUGAACAUUAUUCUGUGAAGGAGCAUUGUGUGUCAUCACUAUUACAUUUGGCCAUGGAUUGUUCCAGUGAUUCACCUGAUGAGAGGAUCAACAUGGAGGAUGUCUUGCCAAGACUCAGGAAAAUUAAAGUCAAGUUUCUAGAAACAGCCAUGUAG